UCCACAUGUACACACACUCAAAUCGAAAGAAAAGGCCUUUUUCCAAAAUAGAAACAAAUAGCAGACUGCCACUCCCACUAUCACCGGAGCCACCACCACCACCACCACCACCGGUACCGGAGCUACCACCACCACCGCCGGAGCUGUUGCUGAUUGUUGCAACCCAAAAUGGCAAAGUGUGCUCUCAUUUUCUCUCAUGCUUGUGCUACUGCUCCUAUCACCACCACCACCACCACCAAGGCUCAUCAUCAUCAUCAUCAUCGGCAUAUCUCUGUGAAAUCUCUCCCUUUCUCCUCUUCUUCCACCAAUCUCAAUCUCAGUCUCAAUCGCAACCUCAAACUCAACAGUCUCCACCCUCACCAUCAUAAUCACCAUCCUCAUCGGCCCCCUUCUUCCCUCAAUUCCGACGUCCCCCACCCCAACAGCCUCACCCUUGGCCUCCAGCAAUGGGAUUCCUUGACCGCCAACUUCUCCGCAGCCUCCAAUAUUCCUUUUCUCCUUCUCCAGCUCCCCCAGAUCAUCCUCAACGCCCGUAAUCUCCUCGCCGGAAACAAAUCCGCCCUUUUGGCUGUCCCCUGGCUCGGAAUGCUCACUGGUUUGCUUGGAAACCUCUCUUUGCUCUCCUACUUCGCCAAGAAGAGAGAGAAGGAAGUCAUCGUCGUUCAAACCUUGGGUGUGCUCUCUCAGUUCGUCGUCUUUGCUCAGCUCGCCAUGGCCGAUGCUAUGCCUUUCCCUUACUUCGUCGCCACCUCCGUUCUCGUCGUAACGGGUCUGCUCGUUAAUUUCUUGAAUUACUUCUAUUUGCUUAAUGAUUCAGUAUGGAGAUUUUGGGAGGACGUAAUUACGAUUGGUGGCCUAUCAGCCUUGCCACAGGUUAUGUGGUCCACUUUUGUUCCCUAUAUACCAAACACUAUCUUGCCCGGGGCUCUAGCUUUUGUUGUAGCUGUUGCAGCUGUUCUAAUGGCACGACUAGGCAAACUAUCUGAGAAAAGCACCAAAUUUGUUGGAGCCAUAUCUGGGUGGACGGCUACUCUGCUCUUCAUGUGGAUGCCAGUAUCACAAAUGUGGACAAAUUUCCUCAAUCCUGACAACAUUAAAGGCUUAUCGCCUUUCUCUAUGCUGCUUGCGAUGAUUGGCAAUGGACUAAUGAUCCCCCGUGCGCUUUUGACUCGUGAUUUCAUGUGGUUUCUCGGUUCUUCUUGGGCUUCUUUCUUUUAUGGAUAUGGAAAUCUAGCCUGCUUGUACUGGUUCAAUAGUAUCAGCAAGGAAUUCUUCUUGGCAGCAACCGCUGGUUUCGUAUUGUGGAUAGGAAUGGCUCUAUGGAGAGACACUGUAGUUCAUGGAUAUAACUCACCCUUCACAUCAUUGAAAGAGUUGAUUUCUGGAUCAUAGAGAGAGUGUGUUUAAUUGGGUAGCUUUUAAAUUGUUAUUACAAUAAAUGUUAUGAGGAAUUAGAAUUAAUCGCUUUUGUAACCCUUCAAUUUUAUAGGAAAUUACUUUCUGGUUUGAA